AUGCAGUACGCAGGUAUUGGCUUUGUCAACGGAGUACUACCGGCUGUGAUCUACCCUGUAUUACAAGGAUAUCUCAACGCUGAAGGAACGAUCGUUGUGUCCGCAACAUUGCUCGUGCAACUACCGUGGUCUUACAAGGUAUUCCUGGGAAUUCUAAGCGAUUGCUUCCCUAUCGGCGGCUUCCGUCGACGACCGUACAUGCUGAUAGGAUGGCUGCUAUGUUGCUGCAUGCUGUUCAUGAUGGCGUGUUUCCACGAAGCAGAACCGUAUUUUGGAGACCCAAGCAUGCACUUUACUAGCCCUGACGAAUGGACGGAAGCUCAACGCAAGAGUAUCAACACUGGCGCCCCUGAAGCAGCAGGAAGAUACGUGAUCCCCAUGAUGAUGGCCGCCUUCGGAUAUUUGCUAGUCGAAGUUCCCGCAGACGCCGUAACUAUCGAGUACUCUCAGCGUGAGCCAACCAACAGCCGUGGUCAUCUGCAGUCGUGGAUCCACAGUCUUCGUAUGGGGUUCAGCGCGUUGGGAGCUCUCGUCGUUGCAGUCGCGUUCAAUGGCGUUGAGUACGGCGGCUCCUUCGAUUUCUCGCUCACAUUCCCGCAGCUAAUGUUCUUCAUGGGUUGUCUAUGCCUACCGCUCGGACCUGCCGCCUGGUUCCUUGUGCACGAGAAUGAAGUGAAGCCUCCUAGAUUCAGCGAAUACAUGUCAAGCUUUUGGAAAGUUCUACAGAAACGAGCAGUGUACCAAGUGGCGGCAUACAAGUUCUUCUCGGGAGUUUUCAACAACUUUAACAUCGUUUCGUCCAGCAACAUUAAGUUGUACUGGGUCCACGCCACGCCGUUCAACGCAAGUAUUAUGGCCAUCGUUGGCACCUUCACGUACGCUGGGACCUUGGCCAUUAUGGCUCAUCGCGGACUGCAUUGGAACUGGCACGUUGCCAUCGCUGCUACAGUCAUUUUCGGUGUCGUCACCGACUGCAUGAUGACGAUGCUAGUGACAUGGGACAUCGUUCGCAGCCAGUGGUUUUGGCUCGGUGUUCCUGUCAUGGGAGAGGUCCCGCACGCUGUCCGCUUCAUUGUGAGCAAUUACAUCGUCGUCGAGCUUAUCGAGCAGGGAACUGAAGGUGCCUUAUACGGAAUAUUGACCACCACCAAUCACGUGGCCGCCCCGUUCGGUCGCACGACUGCCAAGAUCAUCAACGCUCGCUUCCAUGUAUGGAAGGACGACAUCCUGGCCGACACGUACGAGACGCGUCGCGAUGUGACGUACACGAUAUGGCUUUGCUACGGUAUGAAGCUGGUGUCACUGAUCUUCCUGCCAUUAUUACCCAACCAGAGGGACACCACACAGGCGCUACGUCGUCAAGGAGGUGUGAGCAAGCGCAAGGGCAUGUGGAUGGUCGUGAUCCUUAUGAUCGCACUAGUGUGGUUCACUGUAGUGAAUGUGCUGAGCAUGAAUCCGGCAACAGAGUGCUGGGCGAUCACUGGAGGCUGCGAGCCCGGCUCCGACUCACUUCAACUUCAGUCGUUCUUCUGA